UGGCUGCUCGGAGCGGCGAGGGGCUUGGCGGGAGCUUCCAGUCGCUCGGGAGCGGAGGGCGGCAUCAUGGCUCCGCGGGGGAGGCGUCGGCGGUCGCGGCCUCACAGGCCUGAGGGUGCAAGACGUUCGAAGAACACUUUAGAAAGAACACAUUCCGUGAAAGAUAAAGCUGGUCAAAAGUGCAAGCCUAUUGACGUGUUCGACUUUCCUGAUAAUUCUGAUGUCUCAAGCAUUGGCAGGCUGGGUGAAAAUGAGAAAGAUGAAGAACCUGAUGAGACCUUUGAUCCUCCUUUACAUAGCACAGCUAUAUAUGCUGAUGAAGAAGAAUUCUCCAAACUUGGUGGACUAUCUAUCCCUUCAACUCCUCCAGGAAAAGAAGCAAAAAUAAGUUCAGACACUUCUGGAAAUGAAGCAAGUGCAAUCGAAUCUGUAAAAAUUAGUGCAAAAAAGCCAGGAAGAAAGCUCAAGCCCAUUAGUGAUGACUCUGAAAGCACUGAAGGAAGUGAUACAAGAAGAAAAGUUAAAUCAGCAGAGAAAACAAAUAUACAGCGUCAUGAGGUUAUUCCAACUACAGCAUCUUCAGAACUUUCAGAGAAACCAGCUGAGUCGGUCACUUCUAAAAAGACAGGACCCCUUAGUGCCCAGCCCUCUGUUGAACAAGAGAACUUGGCACUAGAAAGUCAAUCGAAAACUCAGAAAAAAGGGAAGAUGUCUCAUGGCAAAAAGAAGAAAUCAAGAAGUAAAGCCGUAGGCUCAGAUACUUCUGACACUGUGGACAUUUGGUGUCUAGAAGGAAUGAAAACCAAUGACAUCAAAGAGUUGAAUAUUGUUUUGCCUGAAUUUGAGAAAACCCACCUAGAGCAUAAAGAAAGAACAGAAUCUAAAGUUUGUAGGGCAGCCAUCGACACAUUUUACGUUAAUGUUAAAGAACAAGUCAUCAAAUUGCUUAAAGAAAGCCAGAUGUUGAAAAAUCUGAAAAGGAAGAAUGCUAAGAUGAUUUCAGAUAUCGAAAAGAAAAGGCAGCGUAUGAUUGAAGUCCAGGAUGAACUGCUUCGGUUAGAGCCACAGCUGAAACAACUACAAACAAAAUAUGAUGAACUUAGAGAGAGAAAGUCUUCCCUUAGGAAUGCAGCAUAUUUCUUAUCUAAUUUAAAACAGCUUUAUCAAGAUUAUUCGGAUGUUCAAGCAAAAGAACCAAACAUAAAGGAAACGUAUGAUUCAUCCAGCCUUCCAGCCCUGUUAUUUAAAGCAAGAACACUUUUGGGAGCCGAAAGCCAUCUGCGAAAUAUCAACCAUCAGUUAGAGAAGCUCCUUGACCAGGAAUGAGAAGAGCAAUCUACUAAAAUGUGCCCAUAGGAAGACUAGUCUCAUGCUGUUACUGUCUGAAACUGUACUUUUAUAAAUAAAUUGUUUUGCAAAGAAGUUAUGGCCUACUUGCCAGAAUCUAAAAUUUGUUAUUCAAAUUAAAUGGCUGUGAACAAUGUUAAAUAGCAUCAGUUUGUCCAAUAGUUUUAGAGGCCAUAAUCAUCUUUUCUGGUUAAUAUCUUGAGUAAUUUAAAAAUGUUGACACCUUAAUCAGCCCCAGAUAUGAGCUGUAAUAAACCUGUAAAAUUAAGUUGA